GUAAAGGUCACGCGGAGAUGACGCGCAGAUCAGCACCGGAAGUUGAUGUGUUUAUGAAUUUUUAAUAAACUUGUUUUUUUUCUUCUUCUUUGUGUUGUACGGUGAGCGGCAGCUGGCGGUCUCAGCACUGCAGAUAAAACGGGGGUUCCUGGUCGUCUCACUCCCGUUAGUGUCUCUGGUUCGAUUCCUCUAAUGACGGACUGUCCGGACAGCAACGUCCGGCAGCGGACACACAGCGGCGGCACCGGGCCGACGGUGGUGAAGGUGGAGGCAGGUCUGUCAGAUGUCCCGGACCUCAGCCCUUCGCACACCGCUGAGCUUCACUUCCUGCGCUCACGGGUUCGAGAGCUGGAGAGAGAGAAGGUGGAGCUGUCAGCUGAGAACCAGAGACUGAAGAACAUGCUGGUUCAUGAAAUCCCGGGGCUCCUGUCGACCAUGUGGCAGACAUUAGGCCAGGCCAACAGUCACCACCCUGCCUCCACAGUAACGGGCAGGAACGACGGUUAUGCUGCGUACUCACAUCACCAACCUCCAACAACCAUCCAGGAUGGAGACUUCAGCCCACAGGUCUAUGUCCAGCAGCUCCAGGAGGACCUGAGUGGGGACAUGUCUGAGUCCUGGGGCCCGCUCGGCUCUGACAACGAAGACAUGCCAGGAGGAGCAGACCUGGGCCUGGGGAGCCACAUGGCUGAGGAGGCGCCACUGUGCAGUCAAACCGACAUGGAGGAGCUGAGGAGGAGCUGCUCUGAGAGCCAGUGCACGAGCGGACACGUUAACGGACAGGUGAGCCAGGUUGAGGUGUAUCCCGGCUCUGGUGUUCUCUGUGAUGCCCGCUCAUGGCAGGCAGCCAGUCAGGCCCAGUCUCCAACUGCAAUGGCGCGCACACUUCUGAUGGGUGUGUUUGAUAUGAACACUCUGAUGAACAGUAACCUGCGAGGCGGACGGAGCCGCAGGCCAGCCUUUCACCCACAACGCAGCGCCCUCGAUCCACACAAGAUCAACGCCAUCUUCAACUCCAUCUUAGCUCGGUUUCCUCUCGCCAAGAGAGGAGUCAUCGGCUCUGGCAUCAACUCCAAACUGUCUGAGAUCCGUUUCCGCUCCCGCAAAGCCAAUCGGGAUCCACGGUUUCUCUGACGGACUGCUUGCCGGUUUCACCUGCAAACAAAACAUCCAAUAAGAGAACCACAGCCUUCCUCUGUUGGACUAUGAGAAGCGUUCAAACGGACUGACAUUUCAAUAUCAAACCUCUGUUCACAGUAAUCCAUUGUAGAGCUGUGUGUCGCCAUCACUACGUAGUAAUCUGCAUUCAAACUGCUACAAAGAGACACAAAGUGUUUGCAAAAAGACACAAAACUACCUCAUAGAGACUCAGAAAUACCACAUGAUGCAAAACGACCAAAAUGACCACAAACAGGAGGCCACGCAGAGAAAACCACAAAGAGACUUCCAUAAAAAGAUCCAAAACAAGAGAGACAUAUAAAGAGAUCUUAUUCAAACACAAAGCAACUCCAAACUGGUGUAAAAAGACAACUAACAGCCACAAAAAAUAGAGUACAAGAUACAUGAAACAACCACAAAGAGAAGCAACACAACCACAGGGAGAAGGCAACAAAGUUGUCCCUCUUCAGCUACAAAGGGAACCACAAUGUCAAAGAAGACACAAGCACAAAGGGUUGGUGGACAAAACGAGAGCAUUUAAACAUAACCACAAAAACGGCCAUGAGGCAUCAACUGCAAAGGUUAGGGGUCGACUGAUGAUCCUGGCCUGGCUGAUUAUUGGGGGCCAAUAUUCCAAAUCAAAAUGUACUUAUUAAAAAGGGCCCGAUAUUGGCUCCCCUACAGGUGUGCAAUCACCUGUAGGUCUGUUUUCUCUCACCACCCUGUCUCACCUGAUGUCCCACCAACUACAACUACUUCUACUAUUACUUAAGGGAAAAGCCUGAGCACUUCUAGGACCAGUUAAAACAUACAUGAACCGUAAAAGAUGUUCAGUUCUAGAGUUAUAAUACAGUUUUUUUGCUGUGAUAGCUAUUCAUCUCUAGUAACAGACCAUGAAGUAGCCGAUUACAGAAAGUUUUACUGUAAAUGUAUAUUGGUUCCAAAUAUCGGCUCAUGAUUUGGGAAUAAUCCGCAUCAGUAUCGGCCUUGAAAAUACAAUAUAUGUCGACCCCUAACAAAGAUUCAUCUACAAGAUCCCCAAACAAACAUGAAAAUGGCUAAACUAAACAUCACUACAAAGUGGACCACAAAGUCAUGACCACAGGAUGAACAAGGGAAACUCAAAGAGACCAUAAGACACUACAGCUACAAUACAACAAAAACACAGAGAGAGAUAAAACCAGACAGCCUCCAAGAAAUCUCAGAGAAUCAAAAUGACCUCAAGAGACUGAACUUGACCACAAAGAGAACCACAGAGAGACCUCAGCAAAUGCAUGACGACAAAGACUCAACCACAGAGACUCAAAGGGUUCUGUCUUUGUCUCUGUCCCUUCAUCUGCUCAGUCAGGACAGUCUUUGCAUUUCUGUUACCUUUAUUUAAUGUAUGUGUGUGCUGCAGACAUGUUAAGGCGUUGAUUGACUUGUGUUUUUGUGUCAUGUGGGUUGUGUAAAUGACAGCAUCAUUAUUAAAACAUGUUGAACCCAGA